CCUUCCUCCGCGGGCCUGGCCCGCCUCUGCUGCCGCCCCACCGCACCAGCCCACCAGCCAGCCCAGCCUUGCCCCCACUCCCGGGAGCCGGGCCCAGCUCGGCGGGGGGGCCUGUGACCAGCCCCCUCCAGCGGGCAGGGCUCGGGCCCUGGGAGGAGAUGUGUGCCUGGUGCCGGGGGAGGGGCAGGAGCAUCGCAUCAUCUAACAGGUUGGUCGGGCUGGGAGGCGUCCCGCCCUCCUGGAGCUAAUGAGCACUGUAGGACAGGUGUUUGCUCCUCAGUCCCCAGCCUGCCCUGCCUGCGACCAGAGCCAGCCGCCCGCCACCUCUCGAAGGCUCGCUCACAUCCCCGCGCCCUCCCUCCCGCGUCCCGGGCCCGGGGGCCCGCCAUGGCCUGCCGCUCCUGCGUCGUUGGCUUCAGCAGCCUCAGCAGCUGUGAGGUGACCCCUGCGGGCGGCCCCCGGCCUGGGACCUCGGGAUGGGGCAGCUGCGGGACCCCCGGGCCAGGCUUCAGCUCCCGCAGCCUCACAGGCUGCGAGGCGGCCGGCACCAUCCCCAAGGUAACCGUGAACUCCAGCCUGCUGGUGCCCCUGGACCUCAAAGUGGACCCAGCCAUCCAGCAGCAGAAGAACCAGGAGAAGGAGGAGAUGAAGGUCCUCAAUGAUAAAUUUGCCUCCCUGAUUGGCAAGGUGCAAGCCCUGGAGCAGCGCAACCAGCUGCUAGAGACCCGCUGGCGCUUCCUGCAAGGCCAGGACUCGGGCACCUUCGACCUCGGGCACCACUAUGAGGAGUACCAGGGCCGGCUGCAGGAGGAGCUGCGUAAAGUGAGCCAGGAGCGGGGACAGCUGGAGGCCAACCUGCUGCAGGUGCUCGAGAAGGUCGAGGAGUUUCGGAUCAGGUAUGAGGAGGAGAUCUCCAGGCGCACAGACAUGGAGUUCACCUUCGUGCAGCUGAAGAAGGACCUGGAUGCCGAGUGCCUUCGUCGGACCGAGCUGGAGACCAAGCUCAAAGGCUUGCAGAGCUUCGUGGAGCUGAUGAGAAGCAUCUACGAGCAGGAGCUGAAGGACCUGGCAGCCCAAGUGAAGGACGUGUCGGUGACCGUGGGCGUGGACAGCCGCUGCCCCGUGGACCUGAGCGGCAUCGUGGAGGAGGUGAAGGUGCAGUACGACGCCAUCGCGGCCCGCAGCCUGGAGGAAGCCGAGGCCCACUCCCGGAGACAGCUGGAGGAGCGGGCCGCCUGCGCAGCUGGGUUUGGGAGCAGCCUCCAGACCAGCCGCAGUGAGAUCGCAGACCUCAACGUGCGCAUCCAGAAGCUUCGAUCCCAGAUCCUCUCCAUCAAGAGCCACUGCCUGAAGCUGGAGGAGAGCAUCAAGGUGGCCGAGGAGCAGGGCGAGCUGGCCUUCCAGGACGCCAAGCACAAGCUGGCCCAGCUGGAGGCCGCCCUGCACCAGGCCAAGCAGGACAUGGCCCGGCAGCUGCGCGAGUACCAGGAGCUCAUGAACACCAAGCUGGCCCUGGACAUCGAGAUCGCCACCUACCGCAAGCUGGUGGAGGGCGAGGAGUGCAGGAUGGACCUGCCUUCGGCCGCCGUGGUCAGCGUGGUGCAGUCCAGAUCCAGACCCGCCCCUUCCCUGGCCCCCCCUUAUGUUCCCUGUAGCGGCCUCCAAGCCCGGCCUUGCGGCGAGGGCUCCCUCCCGGAAAAAGAAGAACAAAAAAGGCCCCGUGAUCAGAAUCACUGAAAUGUCUGAGAAGUUCCUGUCGCAGGAGUCCGAGGUCUCAGAGUAAGGCGGCGGGACCCAGGCGCCCAGGUCCCUCCCGGCCGCCCCAGGGCCUCCAGCCAGACUCAGGCCGCGGUGUGGAGCCUCCGGGCUUCGCGGGAGGCAAGCCUGAUCCGGGACUGAAAGGGAGGGGGUUCAAAGCCGGGGCUGCUUUUCUGUGGGUUGCGGGGAGCUGGGGGGCACACGGGAGUGUCCCCGGCUAUUCAGAAGCACGCCGCUCCAUCUCAACGUUUCAGUCCUACCCUUCCAACCUCUGGCCAGACUGGGUAAACUGGAAUCGGGGGUCAGGUGUGUCUCCACCUCCUUUCCCCUCUGAGGCUCCUCCCCAAACAGAGGGCUCUGACCAAGGAACCUUUGACCCCUUUUGCCCAACCCUUGCCCUAAACUCACUUAUCAAGCCUCACCUUGCCUCUGCCUCAGGACCGAGGCUGGCGCCCUCGUCCACCCACCCCAGCCAGCCAGGGAUCAGGAGCCGAGGAGGGCGGCUUGGGCCCCCUCCCCACAUCCGGAGCUCCUGCAGAGGCUGGGUGCUGAGCACCACCUGGGGCCCCCCAGAGACCUGACAGUAUUAGGGAGUGAAGGGAGGGAGCUUCCCAGGUGUGUGGGACCUGAGCCUGGACCUCUGAGGUCAGCCCAGACACGCGUGCCCCUUCCCUCCUCCCGCGGGGCCCUCACCGUGGGCCAGUCAGGAUUGCACAGGCUGCCCAGGCAGCUCCUGGCUCCUUCUCCAGAAGCUCUUCUUGCCACGAUAAAACCAAACCCCCUGUGAGAGGGAGGCCAGAUGGCAGCCUGACACCAGGCAGGGGAAUCUGGCCCUCUCUUCCCCUCCCUGCCAUCCCGGGUUCACCACCCAGCCCAGGGUGCAAGCUCUCUGCCCCCCUGCUCCCCCACCACACAUACCCCUCCCCACGCCUAGGCGAUUCCCAAGCCUGAAUCCUGGCUUUGGUGUCCCAGGCCCUGGAGACCCCUAGCGCCACCUCCACCACAAAACCCUGGGCCAUUUCCCACAAAUACCAACUCUCGGGGUCCCUGUUCUCUCCAUCAGGCCAAACAGCCCGGCCCGCCCCUCCACCCCUUCUUCAUUUACUGAGGAGCCCGGCACAUCCCACACCUGUGGGGUUAGAGCUCCUUCUUCUCUUCCCCGUCCGCCCCCUCCUCCUACAAAGCCCACUCCCCUGCCUGCCCCGGCGGGGUGAGGGGUGCGUGAAGAAGGCACAGUCCAGGCAGGUCUGGGAGUCUCUGAGCCCUUCCGGUUGGGCUGGGGAGCCCCAGUGACAACCAAAAAGGAAUUCUGCAUCCAAAGAGAAGAUCUGGCGCUGGGAGGAGCAUGCCUCUUUCCUCAUCUUGGCUCUCACUUUUGGGGCUUGCAUGGGGAUCCUGGCAGCUCCGGCCGCCCCCUCCACCACCCACCCUCCCCCCCAGCCCCGCUCCCUCCCUGCCCCUCGCCCCAUCCCUCUGCUGACCCCAGUCUUCAAUUCCUUCAUCUCACUUUCCGGGACAUGUCCCCCAAGGCCUCGGCCCCAGCAAGGCCUCAAGGUCCUCCAUGCCUGUGCGGGAAUCUCAGGCUGGAGAGAACUCAGACAUACACUCAUCCCUGAAGUCCCAAAAGGGUGCUGAUUGCUGCUUUUUCUCUGCCUAUUUAUUGGUUUCCAAGGGAGCAAAUCCUCAGUGGGGAUACGAGAUAUAUAAAGUAUAUAUAUAUUAUUUUUCAUAACUUAUGUGGCUUUUAACUUAUUGCUUCCCUUCCUGUUUCUGCAUAUCAGUGCUGUACUUACUAUGUGGGCAGACAACACGUAUCCCAGCCACCCCACCUGGCUGGCUGACUAUCCUGAGGGCAAUGCCCCCGCCUCCUGCCAAGGGAUGAAUAAAGUGCUGAGAUUUGUCCAUGGACAGA